AUGGUUGACAAGGCUUGGGUUCAUCUUAGCAGAGUUGAUCCUUCUUAUGAGAAUGGGGCUACAAAGUUUGUACGGGAUGUGGCUGAAGCUUUGAGAGGGUUUGAUAUGAUUGUAUGUCCUUGCAUUGACUGCCGCAAUAUAGAUCUUCACUCAGGAGAUGUUGUAGUUGACCAUCUCGUUACUAGGCGAAUGGAGGAGGCAUACAAGAAUCGGUCUGAUUGGUAUCUACAUGGAGAACUGAACUCAAGGGUUGAUUGUGAAAGCAGCACAAGUCAGUGGAAUGAUGAGAUAUUUGGGUUAUACAGAGCUUAUGAGUGUUUAGAUGAAGAGUUAGCGGGUACAAGGGAGUUAUCUGAGAUGGCAGAGGGAGACGACAAGAAAGAAAAUGAAUUCUUGGCAAAGAUAGCUGAAGCUGAAACACCUUUGUAUCCGAGCUGUAGCUUCAAUGAUCUGCUGGAGACCUUACCGGAGAUGUUACCAGAGGAUAAUGUGCUCCACACUUCAUUGUACGAGGUUAAGAAAUUUUUAAAAUCAUUUGAUAUGGGUUACGAGAAGAUCCAUUCUUGUGUGAAUGACUGCUGCCUAUUCAGAAACUGGUUGAAGAAACUUGAGUACUGCCCAAAAUGCAAGGCGACGAGAUGGAAGACUAAUAUCCAUACUGGUGAGAAGAAGAAAGGAGUCCCACAGAAAGUAUUACGCUACUUUCCAAUAAUCCCAAGGUUGAAGAGAAUGUUCCGGUCUGAGGAAAUGGCUAAGGAUUUAAGGUGGCACUUCAGCAAUAAAAGCACUGAUGGGAAACUUCGACACCCUGUUGAUUCAGUCACAUAG